UGUAGGUACAUCGGUAUAUUCUUGUCUGCACGUUCCGCUAUUUUUAAAAUUUUACAAUAAAAUUGUAUACCUAAUAAUAGUUUGUCGAGAAUAAAGUAACUCUUUUACUACAAAAUAGAAUAAUACGUCUGGAAAAUAGUUAAAAGGAUUACAAAAAUAACCAUACCCGUGUAAGCAAUCAAGAUACUUGAUUACGUUUAAAUUUCUGUGGUGUCUAAUCAAAAUCUUAUGGAGUCUUCUUCGGCAUACCGUCCUAUCAGAAAAACUUAUACUUUAAGAGCUUACAAAAUUGGAAGAGCCAAUGGAAAGCGAAAAUCAACCGUUAAACCUUGGGAAAGAGGAAUUGAGAGUGGGUGAAGUUGACCAAAAUGUACUAAAUAAAAAUAAUCAGUUUGAAAAGAAGAAGAAAGAAGUGGCACUCAAAGUGUAUCCCCAACGAUGGUACAUACUAGCUUUGUACGUGAUGUACAUGAUAUGUAAUUCUUCACAAUGGCUUCAGUACUCUAUUAUACCAAACGCCGUGACAAAAUUUUAUGGAGUCACUAACUGGCACGUCAAUUUGACAUCGCUUGUGAUGAUGGGAUGUUAUUUGCCAUUAGCAUUGCCCGCUGCAAGUUUUAUGGACCGGAUUAGCCUCAGGUGGACAGCUAUUCUUGGCUCAUCAGGAACUGCGCUUGGUUCCUGUAUCAAGGUGUUCUCCGCUACUCCUGGUGGUUUCUAUGUAACUCUGACCGGCCAGACUGUGGUAGCCGUCGCCCAAGUCUUAAUGCUGAGCGUACCGCAGAAAUUAUCAAGCAUUUGGUUUGGGGAACGUGAGGUGUCAUCAGCCUGCAGUAUUGGAGUCUUUGGUUUCCAAUUCGGUCUAGUUGUGGGAUUUUUCUUGCCUCCAAUAUUAGUCUCAGACCACGAUGACCCAAACCAGAUUGGAGAUGAUUUAUUCAAAAUGUUUGCUUAUUUUGCAGCUACGUCUAGUUUAGUAGCAUCUUUAGUUGUUUUCACUUUUAAGGCCGAACCACCUUUACCACCAACUCUAAGCCAAGCGAGAGCAAGAUUGGCAACCAAAAGUAACUUAAGCUUGUACAUGAGAACCCUUAAAAGAAUUUUUUCUCAACGUAGUUUGGUAGCACUUUUUAUUACUACGGGCAUCAAUAAUGGAUGUUUUAAUGGCCUCUCCACUUUGUUAAGUCAGAUAUUUGUGAAUUAUUUUCCGGGUCAAGAAGAAACCGCCGGUAACAUAGGCGUGCGUGACUAUGAUAGUGUUCGGUAUGACGGCAUCUGUGACAUAUGGCUUCAUUCUUGACAAAACGAAGAAAUUCAAGUUUAUGCUUAUAUUUAUUUACUACAUGUCUGCUGUUGCUAUGGCAACGUUAACUGCACUUUUGGUUUACUGUAAGGUGGUGUGGGUUAUGUUCGCUGGGGCAGCUUUUGUUGGAACAUUUCUCUGUGGAUUUACUGCCGUGAGCUUCGACGUUGUAACCGAACUGACUUACCCCGAGUCCGAACUUAUCAUUGGAACUAUUAUGAACAUGAUGUCUUUACUAUUCACUUUUGCGACAACCUUAACGUUUGGGUAUAUUAAUGAGACACUCGGUUACUUCUGGGGUAACGUCGGAUUCGUAGUAACCCUAGUAUUUGGAGCUACGUGCACGUUGCCAAUAAAAUUUGAACUUAAAAGGACGUUGGCACAGAGACCAAAAUUAAACGAAGACAAGCGUGAAUUUAUUCACUGAAAUGAAAUAUAUAGAUGGUCAAGCAAAUCUUGUCAGUAGAAAAAGGCGCGAAAUUCAAAUUUUCUAUGAGACGAUAUCCCUUCGCGCAUACGGAUUUCAAAUUUGCCGCCUUUUUCUACUGACAAGAUCUGGUUGACCAGCUAUACCUACUAAUUUUGUACCUAAAAUAACCCGCCCACAUCAAUACAUUUAAGGAAUCACUGUCAAGUUAAUAACAAUGCUGUUAUGGAAAUAAUAUACUCGUACCCUUGGAUCCAAUAUCACAAAGCGGGUGUGUAUGUCCCUUUGGUAUACGGAUGCGUUAUUAUCCCCACAUUAUUUAGAUAGGUAGCUACCUAGUUUUGUUUAUCAAAAUUUGUGUUUUGUUGGAACGAGUAUAUGAUAUAACCAAAUUUUAACACAUAUAUAAUUAAUAAAGAUGUAUAAAAAAUUGGACUUAAAUAAAGACAUUUUGUUCUGUUAUUUUACAACAAUAAUCAAUGCACUACCUAAUUUAAGUAAACGAAUAUUUCUUAUCCAUACUAAGAUUCCAAUUUGCCUCAUUAUAAUGCUUUAGAAUAUAAUAAUUUAAUGUAUGUAAAAUAAAAAUAAAAAAUUCACUUGUACCAAGUUACCUACUACAAUAAAAUACCCUACAAACACGUGUCAUGUGCUAUCAAAUUACAUCAAUACAUUUGAAUUAUUAACUUGGCAUAUUUAUUUAUAAUAAUACAAACAGGAAAAUAACUCACCAGGAAUAUUCCCCGUAAAAGGCGUCUAUUUCCAUUUUCAUGACACAAAAGGUAAAGUUGUAAUAGGUAGCUAGUUAUGAUACAUCGGUAGAAACUCUCCAAUCUCCAUACACAAUGAUUUAUGUUACAUGUAUUAAAACCGUAUACAAUAGAAGUUUACCGUAUUGCUUAAGGCACUGGUCCCACCGCGAGCUAGUAAGCUAUGAGCUAUCGGCUAUAAACACGUACAAAAGAUAAGCACUCCCGUGUAAAUAAAAGAGACACGGCGACAUUUAUAGUUACUCGCCCAGCGGUGAGAUUGGAUGGAUUACCUACCAUAUUAAUAUACCUAUUAUCAGGUAUUAUUUAUUUAUUUAUUUAUUUAAACUUUAUUGCACAUAAAAUUAUAAGUACAAAGGGCGGACUUAAUGCCAUAAGGGAUUCUCUACCAGUCAACCACUGGGCCAAAAAGAGACGGUUGUUAGGUGCAAGGUGUAUUAUGAAGGAUACAAAUCCGUUCU